GGGUUACAGCAGAAAACCUUAUAAGUUAAAUAAUAAUAAUACCAAUAAUAAUAAUAAUAAAAUAAAUAAAUGAAACUAAAGAUGUAAGUCGAAAUAAUGAUUUUUUUUCGUUUUCAAGUCUGUCGUGACGUCACCAAUCAAUCAAAACGUUUGAUCGCCAUAAAGAGCGAAGAGCAGGAGAGUCCUGAUACCGAAGCGUCGCUCUGAUCAAUAACUUUAUCGACAGUCAUAUUCGGGAUCAAUAACAAACUCCUCCCCGCCUCUCGCGCUCGUGGCUCCACGCUCACCUGUUCUGUCACUUCGUACCUGAGGCUCACCGGAGCAGCACGCGCUCCGCGAGGACUUUGUUUUCCGUUUUCUGUCUUCUGCUUUUCUUUUUAAAACUUUACACACAAAGUCAUAAACUCAGAGCAGCUUCCGGUUAGAAACGUUUCACAUUAAAACUUAAUCUCGUAAAUUUCUGGAUUUAUUUUUGUUUUUGCGGACUGAUCUGAGGUCAGUUUCUCCUGUCAGCCCUCUUCAGUUUGAACUGAACCUUGAGGAUCAGAAUCAGGACCAGGAUCAGAACCAGUACCAGAACCAGGAUAAGGAUCAGGACCAGGACCAGAACCAGGGACAAGUCCAGGACCAGGAUCAGGACCAGGACCGUGAUCAGGAUCAGGAUCAGGAUGUCGCGGGCGGAGGAGCGCGAGGAGGCGGACUGCGUGUGUUCGGUAGGGAUGAAGUUCACGUGGGACAUCAACGACCCCAAACUGCCGCAGGACACGAAGCAGUUUGACUCGUUCCAGGAGUGGACAGAUGGUUACGUUCGUUUUAUCUACAGUGCUGAAGAUAAGAAUGCUCAGAGACAUCUUUCUGGCUGGGCGAUGAGAAACACCAACAACCACAACUGCCAGAUCCUAAAGAAGUCAUGUCUUGGUGUGGUGGUCUGUUCUCGAGGCUGCACGCUGCCUGACGGCUCCAGACUUCAGCUCCGCCCUGCCAUCUGUGAUAAGGCCCGGCAGAAACAGCAAAAGAAACUAUGUCCAAGCUGUAGCGCCACAUUGGAAUUGCUGCCGUGUCGCGGUCACAGCGGUUACCCAGUCACCAACUUCUGGAGAGUUGACGGAAAGGCAAUUUUCUUUCAGGCCAAAGGGGUUCAUGAUCAUCCCAGACCAGAGUCAAAGUCUGAAACUGAAGCCAGAAGAAGUUCAGUGAAGAGACGGGUCAGCUCCCCGCCAUACACACCAAAGAGACGACUCAUCGAAACACAGGCUCUGGGGCCCGCCCUUCUCUCCUGUGUUGAUCCAUCAGACAGAAUCUCCUUCCUUGAGCCCAAUUUCCCACAGCAUUACCCAGCAUUCCAGAGCCCAGAGUCCUACUAUAAUCCCCAUAAUGCGCUCGGGGAUGCCCAGUCUGCACUUCAGAAAUCAGCCAAUCCCAGGCUUUACAUGGGCCGAACCGGCUACGAAUUUCAAGGAUACUUGACCUCACCAUCGUAUCCCAUGACCUCUGACCUCUGUGACCCCAGGGUGGCCCCGGUCCUGGGUUCCUCCUCUUCCUCCACUACAUCAUCGACUCCUCUCUCCUCCUCCUCCUCCUUUGACCCUCAGACAAAGCCUCCUGCAGGCUGGAAGGACCUGCUGAAGAGCUCCACCCCGUACAGUGACAACCACCACUACUACAGUGCAGAGUACCCCUGCCGUUACCCCAACAACCCCCCGGGGUCCCCUGCAGCACUGCAAACUAUCAUCACCACGACAACCAAAGUAUCCUAUCAGCCCUGCCCAAAGCCUCCUGCAGCACUCCCUUCCUACCAGUCAUGUCCUAAGCCUCCCGCCGGCCUCCCAUCUUACCAGCCUUGUGCUCCCCCCAAGCCUCCAGGCCUCUCUGGCUGCUCCUCCCUGAUGGACGAUGCCUCCUCAUCAUACUCCACCGAGGUAAAGGUGAUGGAGGAGUCGGGUGGAGUCAUCAAGUCUCUGUCAUUUCAGCCCGAACCUCUUCAAACCAAAACAGAGCGAGCUGAUGGCUACGACUACCGCUACGCCUACCCCAAUACGUACCGCUACGAUGACUACUGAUGCAGCACUACCUGUAUUGCCAUGACUGUGACUACUGUUACCAUGACUCUUGGCUAUAUUGACUGCACCUAUACCACUGUUAUGACUACCUUUUGCAGAAUUUCCUCCACUGCUGUCACUAUGACUACUGAUCCUACAACUAUCACUGUAAGAACUACUACUGCAACUGGGUGUUCAGGAGCUGAGAGGAUGUGGACGAUCAGGACUAAACUCAGUCUGAACCAGGAAUUUGGUUCGUGAGAAACUUUCUGAAGACACUGAUGGAAUACUUUCAUGUUCUUAAAAGGCCUGCUUUGCAGUUUUCUUGCUUUUCCCUUUCAGGACAAAAAUUUUGUACCCAGGUUGGAAUGAAAUUUAAGAACUGGGAUUCUGAUAGGCCUCAAAUUGUAAAACUUUCAGCCACAUCUCAUGGCCUUUUAUAUUUGGGGUAGAGAUGGUCGCAUGUGAGUGAGGUCUCACUUCCUAAAGGAUCCCCAGAAAACUUCAGCAACACCAAGUCAGUUUUAGGAAUUUCUUCCCAAACUGUUGUUUCAAAAGUCAUGUACAAAUCUUUCAACUUAAUUUAUUUUGAGAUAAAGCUGAACCACAAAUCAAACUAAAUUAACUAGGAUUUUUAUGUCCUCUGUUUUUUAAUCUCCACAUUUUCUAAUCUGGUUGAUCAAAAAUAUGAAACUCCAACAAUCUUCUUUUUUCUAAUGUCACUACAUCCAGAAAGUGUAUUGAGCCUGUUGCUCAUCGCUAAUAUUACUGUCAUUGAGAUUAUUUAUUGAAUGAGUAAACCUGUUGGACUUACCUACAGCAUGAAACUGAACUGUGUGUCUUAAUGAAACAAAGUGAAUAAAAGAGUUGUUGACUGAAGAAAUCUGUGAGAUGAAAAAAUGUCAGAAUGCUCACAUUAAUUAAACAAAUUGCUGAACA